AUGGUGGAUACUAGUGGUCAUGAAGGAAUUGCGAGUCUUUGUGGUUACAAAGAAAUUUCAGGCGAGAACGAAGAUCGUGAAGCCUGCAGCGGCCUCGAGGCGAUAUCGAUGUCACCUCAACAGCAAUUUCUUGGAACCAUCCCUGGACCUCCGGAAGUCCAAGCAAUUCCAGGUCCACCAGAGAGAACCCCUUCUCCGGCAGAGCCACCUGCAUUAAGCCCCUCAGAGUAUCCCAGAGACAAAGGUCAGAAAUGGGAUACCCAAGGGGGCAGGCUCGCAUUGGGUACCAUCCACAGAUUCUAUCCCAUAUGGCGCGAAAUCCUGGAGUAUUGGUUCCCUCCGGACCAAGGUUUCGAUAUCCGUCAGGACUGGCAAAUCCCUGCUCUUGAGGAUGGAGGAUUUGAUGCACGCCGCAAAGCUCUCUAUGCUUCGUUGGCGGUGCUUUACGCUGGAAGCCCCAUCAUACUCGUCCAGCUUCAUCCGCCUGCAUCGUCGAAGCCUUAUGAAAGGUCUCCGAGGUCCAAUGCCAGUGGCCCGUACUUGCACUCGCCGGAGAAGAUGUAUAAAUACGGGAAUAUGUUGUUCCGAAGGGCAUCCCUGUGGAGUGCACACUCCUCAAUGUGCGUUAUCAGUGCCGCAGGGCUCUAUUGGAGUGGGUUUCUGAGGUUCACGGAUGCGACGUAUGAGGACAGGGAGGAGUUGUUUGAUGAGGAGAACGAAUUAGAGGCUGGUUGCGGGACCAUCGAUGACUGGGUUGGUGAGUGGGAUGAGAAGGUUACUUCACCUGGUUCCUAUCUGGCUUUUAAGGAACUCUUCGCCAUCGUCAAGGGAGGAUGUGAGUAG